AUGAUGGAUCAGACCCGGUCAAUGGAGUCCCGAACAGGGCGAAAGAACCAACGUUACGGAUCGAAAGGCGAACGGCUUGUGGCUGGCGUGGUCCCACUGUCCGCUGAUAAGACGAAAGUCCUCAUGAUCCAGUCUGCCGGUCGAGGCGGCUGGGUGCUUCCUAAGGGUGGAUGGGAGACAGAUGAGGCGAGUGCCCAAGUGGCUGCUUGCAGAGAGGCCUGGGAAGAGGCCGGUGUAAUCUGCACGGUGCAUCAAGAUCUGGGCAUGAUCCCAGAUAUGCGGCCAUCCACGCUAUUGACGGCGCAUGCGCCGAAAGCUUCGUAUCAGUUUUUUGAGGUCACCGUGGACCGCGAAGAAGACCAGUGGCCAGAGAUGCACAAACGGAAACGUCAAUGGGUCAGCUACGCACAAGCUGCUGCGGCUCUUGCAAGCCGUCCAGAGCUCCUGGAGGCAUUGAACCGCAGUUCAAGAUAUAUCCCGAUCGGGCAAAGCGCGGCUGCAGCCAAACUUCAACCUUCACCUCCGACUCUCUUCCUACAAGUUCAUCACCUCCCUCGCUCCCUUUCGCCGCCUCAUCUUGAACUACUUAACUCGGUAUUCGAUCCUCCUGUCUUUCUCGUUUAUCACUCGCAUCGACGCAGAUUUUUCUCCUAUCCGAGCUCCGAAGUUGGCAGCCCGUUGUGCUGCCUCAACGCCGCCAUGGAUUAUGAAAUGGACAUCGAGCCCACAGGGCCACAAGUGACAGUGCGAGAGGCGGAACCCUACCGCGUUGACUUCAAACUCAGCUCCGUCGACCUGGCCUUCGCCAACUCCCUCCGCCGAACCAUGCUCGCUGAAGUCCCCACAAUGGCCAUCGACCUUGUCGAAGUCGAAAAGAACACAUCCGUCCUCCCUGACGAAUUCCUCGCCCACCGACUCGGCCUCAUCCCCCUGAACUCCAAACACUGCGACCAGGACAUCGAGUACACCCGCGACUGCGAAUGCGAGGACCACUGUUCACGCUGCAGCGUCACCCUGUCGUUGCACGCGCGCUGCACCGGCGACGACAUUAUGCACGUGUACGCGCGCGAUCUGGUCGUCAGCAGUGAGCGCGCCAACGAAUGGGUCGGAAACCCGGUCAUCACGGACCCCCAGGGCCACGGUCCGUUGAUCUGUAAACUGCGUCGGGGCCAGGAACUUAAGAUGAACUGUAUCGCGAAGAAGGGCAUCGCCAAGGAACAUGCCAAGUGGGCGCCUACUGCGGCGAUUGGGUUCGAAUAUGACCCGCACAAUAAUCUACGACAUGUAGAUUAUUGGUAUGAGGAGGAUCCUGUGAAGGAAUGGCCCGUCUCUCAGAACGCUGCAUGGGAGCACGCCGCUCCCCCCGAUCAACCCUUCGACUACGACGCCCAGCCCAACAACUUUUACCUCGACGUCGAAAGUAUCGGCAACCUGGACCCGGAUACGAUCAUCCAGCAGGGUAUCACGGUCCUGCAGCGGAAACUCGCGUCCGUGAUUUCCUCGCUCUCCGGCUCCGGCGACGGUGAUCGCAAUGGCAUGAUAGGCGUCGAGGACGAGGAUAUGAUGGGUGUGCGCAGUCCGGAUGCCUAUGAACCUCCGGAGGGUAUCGACGGGGGAUUCACGGCCUACGCCAACGGCAGCACCAGUGCCUGGGGAGCCAGCGCCGCUACUCCAUACGGGGCGACCCCCUACGGAGGCGGUGGAUAUGGCUUUUAA